AUGUCAGAACAGUUCCCACAGCAGCGGCAGAUCACCAUGACUGAAGUGGUAGCAGGGAAGACUGUGGCAAGCGCUGAAAGAAUCAAGAUUUGUGAAGAUUGGGUACACACUUGCACAGCAGUCAACAUGCCCCUUUCCAAAAGUGAUCACUCCUCAAUGAGGCAGUUUCUGAAGGAGAAAGUCAUCAAUGGAGGUGCCAUCCCUGGAUACCACCAGCUACAGGAAAAGUACUUGGGAGAUGUCUACUUGAAGGUGAAGGAAGAACUCAAGCAACAUCUUGCAGGGAAGCCAGUGGCAGUCAUCUUUGAUGAAACUCCAGAUGUUGAAGGAAGAUGUGUGUGUGGCCAAAGUGCACCACAGUCUGUAGAGAAACUCCAUGAGAUGCUACAAGACCACGAGCUGGUUCAGUUGCUGCAGAUUCAGCUUAACAUCAUGGCAGACACGUGUAAAGUCAUCCUGCAGCUUCUCGACAUCUUCCAGAAGGCCGGUAAAACAUGCACAAUGACACCGCUGAUACGACACUCACGAACAUUUCCUGCAGCAUCUCAUAAUCCAGACCAAACUCACUCGGAAAGUGGAUACAUUUUCCCCGCUUGCUCUACGAGACCUAACAAUUUCCUGAAGUUCUUUUCAGCCAAACAAUUAGCUACAGGAAAUCAGUUCCAGAUCCACCUCCAGCCUACCAUGUCUGAACCAGGUUCUGGUUGUGGUGUUCCAGCCCAGAGAAGCUCACAGCGGGGUCCAGAGAUGCUGUCAGUGAAGCUGGGUGACUGCAAUCAAACAGUGGAACUCAAUGUGAUUGUCAAAGAGGAGGAGGAGGACAGAGAAAUCAAUGAGCGGGAGGAGGAAGAGAGAGAGGAGGACAGGGACUCUGUUGACUCAGGAGAGAUCCCCAACCCAGAUUCAGUCAACAAGCCCAGUUCCACAGCAUCAAGACUACCUGGACGUGGGAGUUACUCCUGCCCUCAAUGUGAGAAGAGUUUCAGUUCCUUAACUAUUCUAAAAAAUCAUCAAAGAGUACACACUGGAGAGAAACCUUUCCACUGCUCUGCAUGUGGGAAGAGUUUCAGUGAGAAAGCAAACCUUAAGAGACACGAGAGAUUACAUAGUGGAGAGAAGCCUUACCACUGCACCCAAUGUGGGAAGAGCUUCAACCAUUCUGGAAGCCUUAAGGAACACCAAAGAGUACAUACAGGGGAGAAACCGUACCACUGCUCUCUUUGUAGGAAGCAUUUCAGUCAACCAGGAAGCCUUAAGAAACACCAGAGAAUUCAUACAGGGGAGAAACCUUACCACUGCUCACAGUGUGGAAAGAAUUUUCGUUUCGCAGGAGACCUAAAGAAUCAUCAGAGAUCACACAGUGGAGAGAAGCCUUACCACUGUUCUCAGUGUGGGGAGGGAUUCACUCAGCUCAGGCGUCUUAAAAGUCAUCAGAGGAAACACAUUGGGGGGAAGCCUGUCUGUGCUUUAAAUGUGAUUGUCAAAGAGGAGGAGGUUGAGAGGGAAAUCAAAGAGGAGGAAAAGCGAGAAGUUGAGGAAGAGGAGGACAACAGUGGUAUAGUUGACCCAGAUACAUCAACACUACCUGGUUGUGGUCGUUACCCCUGCCAUCAAUGUGGGAAAAGUUUCCGUUCCUCAAGUAAUCUACAGAAUCAUCAAAAAGUACACACGGGAGAAAAUCCUUACCACUGCUCUGAGUGUGGGGAGGGAUUUACUCAGCUACAACGUCUUAAAAGUCAUCAGAGAAUACACAUUGGAGGGAAGCCUGUCUGUGCUUUAAAUGUGAUUGUCAAAGAGGAGGGUAGUGAGAGGGAAAUCAAAAUGGAGGAAAAGCGAGAAGUUGAGGAGGACAAUAGUAGUGUAGUUGACCCAGAUACAUCAAGACUACCUGGUCGUGGUCGUUACCCAUGCCAUCAAUGUGGGAAGAGUUUCCGUUCCUCAAGUAAUCUAAAGAAUCAUCAAAGAGUACACACUGGAGAGAAGCCUUACCACUGCUCCCAAUGUGGGAGGGGUUUCAGCGAGAAGGUAAACCUUAAGAGACAUGGGAAAGUACAUAGUGGAAAGAAGCCUUACCACUGCACCCAAUGUGAGAAGAGCUUUAAUUAUUCAGGAAGCCUUAAGGAACACCAGAGAAUACAUACCGGGGAGAAGCCUUACCACUGUUCUCUUUGUGGUAAGAGUUUCAGUCAGCCAGGGAACCUUAAGAAACAUCAGAGAAUACAUACAGGGGAGAAGCCUUACCACUGCUCUCUUUGCGGUAAGAGUUUCAGUCAGCCAGGAAACCUUAAGAAACAUCAGAGAGUACAUACAGGUGAGAAGCUUUACCACUGCUCUCAGUGUGGGGGGGGUUUCACUCAGCUAAGAAGUCUUAAAAGUCAUGAGAAAAUACACAUUGGAGGGAAGCCUGCCUGUGCUUUCAAUGUGAUUGUCAAGGAAGAGGAGGAGGAGGAGGGAGAAAAUAAAGACGUUGAGGGAGAGGAGAGUGACGUGAAAUAAAGGUCUAAUGAGGAUACAUAAGCAACUUUAUAGGUAUUGAAAUUCACACCUAUCCUUGCAGUAGCAUCUUCUGUGACAGCAUGGUCAUGGGCAGCACCAUUUGAGUUUUAAAUCAUUAAGAGCUUCCUGCACAACUGUAAAAUCCGACUGUAGCCUUGUCACAGCCAGGUCAGCAGUCGGGGUAAUUCCUUAACGUAAUAGUAUCAUCCGUAUUUAGAUGAGAUCGAGACAAGAUCAUUAACAACUAUAGUGGUUGCUGUAAUAGUGCUAUGCCCAGGCCUAAAGCCUGAUUGGUUUUACGUUAACUAUACAUGUCUCAUUGUAAACCAGGUUGCCAGUCCGGGCCUAAGCCUUUGUUCCUGGCCUUGACCCAAGCAUAAUUUAUUUUAUGAAUUACUUCUGAACAGGAUACCACCUCCUAAUGUGCUGCAGUGUGUAUAGUCUGAACAGGUACAAAGCCAAGGUUAGUGAUUUACUGCUACCUGCAGUUGUGGAAUGUUAGCUCAGGACUAUAAUUCAUUGGUUGACUCCUCCUCCUGACCUGGAUGGAAUUAUACGACCUGGAUGUAGUGCACUACAUUUGACCAUGAUUUUGGAAUGAGAUGUUCAACGAGCAGGUGUCCACAUACACUUCGUCGCUUACCACUACAAAAGUAUCUUCCUUUAUCUUUUUUUUACUACAAACAUAGAAACGUGUCAUUUUCACAUAUGUUGAUGUUGGGGUGGUGCUUGAGAUGAUAAAUAUGUAGUAGAAUGUUUUUGAAAUGUCCCUUUAAAGGUACGUAUGCCCAUGUACACGACUAACAUUUAAAUGUAAAACAGUUCAUAGUAGCAUAAUCUAUUUUUGACUUGAGCUGAAUAAUGGGGCUGAGUCUACAUAUAGUAUAUACUGGGGCUGAGUCUACAUAUAGUAUAUACUGGGGCUGAGUCUACAUAUAGUAUAUACUGGGGCUGAGUCUACAUAUAGUAUAUACUGGGGCUGAGUCUAUAUAUAGUAUAUACUGGGGCUGAAUGUCCCAAAUGGUACACUAUUCCCUCUGUAGUGCACUACAUUUGGCCAUGGGCCCUUUUCUGUAGUGCACUACUUUUGACCAUGGGCCCUAUUCUGUAGUGCACUACUUUUGACCAUGGGCCCUAUUCUGUAGUGCACUACUUUUGACCAUGGGCCCUAUUCUGUAGUGCACUACAUUUGACCAUGGGCCCUAUGGGCUAUUCUAUUGAAUACAAAAUAAGUCCAUAGACUCCAGGAGAAUUCAGUUAUGGAUAUUUUGUAUACAUGAUUAAACUCAGUAGAAGGGCUGGUUUCUAUUGACAUGAAGUCUAUUGUUAUGUCAUGAUCUGGACGGAACCAGUCUUUAAAACAGGGUUUGGAACCUGAAAGUAUUUUCCAAUCAUUUCGUUCUGAACAGAACCGUUACUGUUUUUUGUUCCAUUCCAGCAAAGUAAAGUUCUGAACCGGUUCGAACCAUGACACGCUGGGCAUCAUGUUGUUAUGACAUGUAUUAGUUGUUAUGACAUGUAUUAGCUGUUUUGACAUGUAUUAUCUGUUAUGACAUGUAUUAUCUGAAUUAGGCCCACAGAAGUACGCCUACGAAGGAGCGGCUUCUAUGAUGAAACUUUGAAAAUCUUUGAACUUCAGCUAACGUUGGACCAGAACUAUCCCUUAAUCAUGACUCUCACUUCCAUUACAGUACAGAUCAUGCCUUCUAGAGUUUUGGAAAGCUAGGCCAGAGCUAGCUAACAAGCUUGUGUGUGCAGAACAGCACCAGAAUUAAAAUAAAAACAUGUUUUACCUUUUUUGUAGUUAAUAAAUCCAAUGUGAAACGUGAUAACUAUAGUAUCCUUAACUAGCAUUGAAAUAGUUAAUCAAUGUUCUCUAAUUAAACCUCUCUCUCCGUAAUGUCUGAAUCGCGCCUGUAAUGUCAGUAGCUACAGUAGACUAUGCAGGCUUCAGUGGGAGAGGAGGGGGAAUGUAGCCUACACACACACUGGCAAAGAUUUUCAGCAGGCAGACACUGGAAUACAUUUCUGAGUGCAUAGGGACGGGAAAAAAUGCCUGGAAUGUAAAAUAACAUUAUUAACCAGUUCCCAUGCUUUUAAAAUAACUGUUCUGUUUCGGAACAGUAUAGAUCACUUUCGUUGUCAGUUCUGGUUCUGUUCCUUGAAAUUCCGGUUUUCUUUUCUGUUCCCUGAACUGGUUCCAACCCCUGGUUUAGAAUAUUGUAAAGUAUCCAUUAAUUAAAUAAUAAAUGCAAACAAACUGUAAUCUUCUUUUUCAUUAAAGGUGGAUGAUGUUGGUAGAUUGUCUUUAUCCAUGAAAAGUCAGUAUUGUGUCAUGGUGAUGAUAAAUCAUAAGAAUAAAAGAUGCCAUACAUUAA